UCGUCUCAAAGCUGAGGCUCGAUCGGGUGGCUGUGCAAGGGACAUGGAAGAAUCCAUGCUAACGACGAUUAUCCGUAGACUCCGACCAAUCCAGCCGUGACGCUAUGACGGAAUAUAAAUCAUCUUCCUUUUCCUCCUCUUCGUCCUCGCAAACCUCUUUUCGCAGAGUACUAAAAGCACCCGGCCGUCCUAUCGCUGUACGGACCGAAUAUGUCACAGAUUCAAGGACACUUUUGGUUGUGAGACCGCAAGGUGACAGGCAGUCUUCAAGAGCGUAUAAGAUUGAGGAUAGCGAUGGGGUGACCUUGUUCACUGCGACGGGUCGUAAAUUCAGUGUUCGCGCCUGUCGCGAAUUCUGGGAUGCUUCUGGACUGCCUCUGUUCGAGCUGCAUAGGAAGAUUUCGCUCAAGAAUACAUGGUCUGUCACGCUACCAGGAAGCAAGCAUGCAAAUAUAGCCACAGCCAGCGCAGGAUGGUCUCUCGGUGACUUCAAGAUUACUUUCCAGAAUAGAGCAGCCGUUGAGUCGAAAAAGGAGGAGGAAAAAAUACUCACGUUAGAGGUUGAAAAGUAUGGGAACGCUCUAGCUUCAUUCGAUGUCGUGGAUGGGGACAGGAAAGUCGCCGAGAUUCGCGAAAGUAUACCUCACAAUGAGAAAUUGGCCUUGCUGCCGAGUUCGAAGAAGGGCUAUCGACCUGUUCUGGAUGUGACCGUUCUACCAGGAGUAGACUUGUCUCUUAUCGCAAUCAUUACAGUUAUGGCGUCGGACUGGGUGUUUAGCUCGAACUACUAGAUCGUCCCUCAACAAGCCGUCCAAACCAUUCGCGGUCUUCUUUGAACCGUCAUGAUGCUCACGAACCCAGACGCGGAUUGGUCUGGGAUCGCUG